GAGCCCGAGGAGGCCGCGGUGCGGAGCCUGAGGAGGAACCGGUAUUGAAAAGUCAGAGUUGAGGCCAGGUGUUCACUUUGCUCUUGUCUUGAAAGUAAAUCCUCUAUAUUAGGAUGAAACCAAAGCAUUCCAAGUGUGCAAAAGAAAGCAGAGAGGUGCAGGUUGGAAAGCCAGUCCCAAAGGCAGAAAGAGAAAUAUAUUUGUGAACUUCAGGAUCUCUACCUCUGGCCUGCAUUGUAGCCACAAGAUUGCACCUUCUUCACCCGGAAAGAAAUUCUUCGGUUACAUGGCCGAUACUAUGAAAUGGCACCAAACGUUGUGCCCAUGGACUAUACAAAGGACCCAGAUGUUAAACUACCUAUGCAGCUUAUAAUAAACAUGCCUGAGCUAAAGGAGAAUCCCUUCAAGGAAAGGAUUGUGGAGUCUUUCUCAGAAGGUGGAGAAGGGAGUCUCAGCUUCAAUGAUUUUGUGGAUAUGUUCUCUGUGCUCAGUGAAAUGGCUCCCAGAGAGCUCAAAGCAAUCUAUGCCUUCAAGAUCUAUGAUUUUAACACUGAUAACUUCAUUUGUAAAUCAGACUUGGAACAAACCCUCAAUAAGCUGACCCGAGAGGAGCUAACAGCAGAAGAAAUCACUUUAGUGUGUGAGAAAGUCAUAGAAGAAGCUGACAUGGAUGGUGAUGGAAAACUGGGAUUUGCAGAUUUUGAAAACAUGAUUUCCAAGGCACCAGACUUUCUCAGUACUUUCCACAUAAGAAUCUGAAGAUGUUUCUUCAUCACCGUGUUAUCAGCAAUGACUUGCAAGUCCAGCCUUUCUGAAUCUCAGGCACUUUGGGGGCUUUUGUCCUCUAAUUAGAGCUCAGCAGAAAGUACUGAAAUAAUUCUUGCCCACAAAGGGACAGAAGUGUCAUGUGAGCUACAGGAUACUUGGAAUGGCUGCAUUUCUAUCUUCAGUGCUGGCCAAGCACUCUGGCAAAGAUGGUUGGGCUUUGGUUUGUAGUUUUGCUCUUUUUUCCCCUCUUUU